CCGAGUUUAAACACCCCGUGACGGUACCGGCGCAUGAGACGGAGCGUGACGUGACCGAGGUGCAUUAGCAGACCGCGCGCGUGCCGGCUCACACCUGGUGUUGCCAUGAAGAAGAUACUUAGGAAGUUUAGCGAGAAGAUUACAUUCAAAGACUUGCCGCCGCCGUAUCAGGAAAAUGAGGAUGAAGUUAUUAGUCCCGAGAAUUAUGAUCUACAGACUGCAAACGUGCCAACAUGCGAAGUUGUAGACUUACUAGCAAAUUGCAAUAUAACGAACGAAGACAACGAUCAAUCCGAAGUUGAAUACGCGGAAAUAGAAGAAAUGGGAACGUGGCAUUCGACGCCAUUAGCAUAUCGACACAAGCCUAAAAUAUCCCUAACGUGGGUUCUCAAAGAUAACAUAAAGAAAACAGAAAAGAAAAAUGACGAUAAUGUUAAAAAAAAUUGUUGUAACAACAGAACGAAACUUGAGGAUAAAAAUUAUGUUAAAGAAAGGAUCGUAGGUCGUAACGAAUAUUACCACCAUAUGAGGUUCAAAAGCGCCUGUGAUGAGUUCAACGGUGAAGCGUCAUAUUCAGACACGAGUGUUGGAAGUGACGAGUACGUAAGAAAGAAACACAGACACAGGCAUAAGAGAAGAAAGAAAACAAACAAGUUUGGAUAUGAUAUACGAGACUUGGAUACUUUUCUGAGUGAGGCGUCAAUAGAUCGUCCAGGCAACAUUCCAGUCGUCAUAGCAUUUCCAACUACCCUGUAUCAAACGCAAAAGGGUCUACAGCGCGAGCUUACUCUACCUCUAGGUACGGUGGUGAACGCGGUGUUUAAGAACCAACAAUGGUUGUAUGUACAGACGCCACACGGAGACGAGGGCUAUGUGAUGUAUAGUUCUUGUCUACCGUUGGGAAUAUUACCUAAUAGGUCAUCACUUCAAAAGAAAACGCCGUGCUGGGAAAGCAGUACAGACAUAUAUCCGCGGCCCUGUGGCAAUCUCACAGAUAAUGAGAAAGAACAGCUCCGCAGCAGAACUCGUUCGGAAAGCAGAUAUCGUCCUCGAAGCAGACGACACAAAAUAUCGUGCGCGGAAAAAGACUUUGAUAGCUUAUAUUUAAAAUCUAAGUCCGUGUCUUCUAAUCUUGACAAGAUUCAAGAUAAAGAAAAUUUUGAUAUAAAAAGGAAAUUCGAAAAACAAACUUUGGUGGUCGUGAACAGUGACUUUAAAGGGGAAGUUUAUAAUAGAACGGUUUCUGUUAAAAAAGGUGAAGUAGUCGUUUUGAUGCAAAGUGGUUCGGAAACUGAUGUGGACUUGGAAUGGUUCUAUGUGAGGAAGCGGGAUGGUAGCCAUGGUUUCAUACCAGCUGCUGUUGUUGGUCAUGGUUAUAUUUAG